AUGGAUGAAGCGGACCAGUCACCGCCAAAGGAGCAGCCAGUCAUAGACCUCGAGGCACAGUCAAGAAUGGGCGCGCUUUCCAUACAAUCACCAUCCAUGGAUCGCACACAACACUUGAUCGACUUGAUGACGGACAAAGACGCUAUCACGCCGUAUUCCGAUGCCGUCACCGCAUCACCACUUCAUGCCGUGGAGGCUAAAGACAACGAUCGCACACCAUCAUACGACAUGGAAAAUCUUGAGACUAGUGGAGAUGCGGGCGCAGAUAUUGAUGAAGGUAUAUGGCACGAACGCGCACCCUGGGUUGCACUGCCGUCAUCCAGUCCGAGUUCCCUCGCAGACCUUGCCGACCCAUCUGAGUUCCAUCUGGACUCAGCGCCGAUGCGGGAAGCAGCGAACAGCUCUUCCUCGCCAACGUAUGCGGAAUCACCCCCGGUACCUCAGCGCCGUCUCUCUGUCCUCUUGAACAAGGCUAUAUCCUACUUCGGCAGCUGCAUCGGCAACUACUUCACAUCUGCGCCCGGCGUGAUCGAGUACUCCGGCGCAGACAUCCUCCUAAACACUCAAAUCGGUAUUGAGGCGGAAGAAAUCACAUUCCCGGAUAAAGUUGCAGUGAUCAAGAUCGUAGCUAUCGUCACCGAUAGCUCUGGCGCAGACAGAGCGAAAGAUGAGAAAUACGAGGCAGUAGAAAGGCGUGUUGAGUUACGGGCAAAGCCUAAGCGAGUGAAGGAGAUCUUGAGAGGGGAAAGGUAUUAUGUUGCGGAAGAUUACUAUAGGAAGGAAAUUCGGCUCGCGUUUAAAGCUUUGGGGAAAUUGUGA